ACCCAAGGGUAUGUUUUUGCUAGAUCUUGGUGCAAGUUGGCCUUGUUGGUUAAUGUAAGAAACUGUUCGCUCUUACAAAGUAUCUCCGAUGAACAGGUGGCAUUGUCUUUCGGCCGUGUUUGUUGGUAUGAUAAUGCGAUUGGUUCAUCCCUUUCAAUACCCAAGUUAGUAGUAAUAUGAUCCCAGAGUUUUGAAGAGUACAUAUAUAAUCUGUAUCCCGCCCACCGCGACCAUCUCCUUAUCUAUUGUGUAUCGUGCAGCAAGACCGAACAUGCUAAGAGAUGGAUUUGACUCCUCUUUCAGAGCCCCAUUCGCAGGGGCAAUCCAAUCCGAAUCAGACUAGCCACCUAGAAGAUGUACCAUAUCAAGUACAUCAAAUUUCAGCAUCCUCGUCGAUUAGAAUUGUCUGUAUAUCAGACACUCACUGUACACAGCCAAGUUUACCCGAAGGAGACAUCCUGCUUCACGCCGGUGACUUAACCAACAAGGGAUCAUUCGAAGAAAUCCAAGCGCAGUUGGGCUGGCUCAAGGAAGCACCUCAUAAGUAUAAAGUUGUUAUAGCUGGUAAUCACGAUGUCUUACUAGACCCCGCGUACGUGAAGCGGUUUCCGGACCGUAUAUAUGAAGGGGAGGGGACAUCGCAAACCGACUUAAAUUGGGGUGAUAUUAUCUAUCUCAACCGAUCAUCUAUCAAGCUCGACUUUCCGAAUGGUCGUUCACUUGAUAUAUACGGCUCACCGCUUACCGAGCAAUUCGGUACGUGGGCUUUCCAAUACCCUCCUAUCCGAGACGUGUGGACAAAUAGUAUCCCCAAGGGCACGGAUAUACUCCUUACUCAUGGUCCUCCAAGGGGUCACCUCGAUCUCGGAGGCAAGGGAUGUCGAUUCUUGUUGAAGGAGAUCUGGCGGGUACGUCCCCGACUUGUCGUAUUCGGACACAUACAUGCCGACCAUGGACAGCAGGCUAUUACCUACAGUUCUGAUGAAGCAUCAUACGAUAUACCAAUGAUGGGAGAAAUAGGGGUUUGGGCUACCUUUGUUAUCAGAUUCCGUCUGGCAUCUGAGAAGCUUUCUGAACUUCUCUGUUGGCGAUCGGAGGCCUCAAGUAGCACAACGCUUGUUAAUGCUGCGGUUGUGGGUGGUCCCGGCAAUGUGGAGGGAAGGCCAGCUAUCGUAAUAGAUAUUUAAACACACCUAGAGCCGAAAUGGAUAGACUUGAAAUGUCGAUAAUGAAAUGUCGCUAUAUAUCCAGGCUAUGUCUUUUGUGAUGCCAUAUUCCGUACUCACUAUUCUUGGGUGUGAGGUUAAUGACUGGGUAGUUGUAUCGCCGAUGAUAGACCCAAUUGUAUGCAAAGUUGUUAGGCGAAUCUUUUAAUAGUAUAGCCAACUUU